AUGACUCCAGCUGUGGUCUUUGUCUUGUUGGUGGUUCUAGGACAGACAAGUGGCCAUUCUGACCAAAACAUUGUGAUUCCUGGAAGACCAGAAUAUCUGACACUGUGUGAGGUGGAGGUCAAUGGUCAGCCUUCAGGAAACACUCCAAAUGAUCAAAAUAUUGCUAGAGGUGGAAGAGUGACUCAGUCCUCCUUGGGGUGGCAUGGUCUUCCUGAAAGGGCCAUUGAUGGAAGCCGUGCAAGCAUCUAUGGACAAGGAUCCUGUACCCACACAAGUAGACAAAGAAAGCCAUGGUGGAGACUGGACCUCCUGAAGACGUAUAAGAUUAACACGGUCACCAUCACCAACAGAAAAGAUUGUUGCCACAAAAGAAUCAAUGGUGCCGAGAUCCGCAUCGGAAACUCCCUGAGUGACAAUGGCAAUGCUAAUCCCAGGUGUGCUGUUAUCCAUUCUAUUCCAGCUGGGACCUCCAAAACGUUUGUGUGUAAUGGAAUGGAGGGCCAGUAUGUAAACAUUGUGAUUCCUGGAAGACCAGAAUAUCUGACGCUGUGUGAGGUGGAGGUCAAUGGUCAGCCUUCAGGAAACACUCCAAAUGGUGCUAAUAUUGCUAAAGGUGGAAAAGCAACUCAGUCCUCCGUGGGGUGGAAUGGCCCCCCUGAAAAUGCAAUUGAUGGAAAUCGGGCAAGCAUCUAUGGACAAGGAUCCUGUACCCACACACAAGGACAGAUAAAACCAUGGUGGAGACUGGACCUCCUGAAGAAGUAUAAAAUCGACACUGUCACCAUCACCAACAGAAAAAAUUGUUGCCACAAUAGGCUCAAUGGUGCUGAGACCCGCAUUGGAAAGUCCCUCAAUGACAAUGUUCCACCCAUGGGAGAUGCAGUGAAGGAGGCGAGGAAGAGAUGCGAGGACAGAGGAGCUGAAGCUGCCAAAUGA